AUGGAGGCCAUUUCUCACCAGCUUUUCCCAUUCUCUCGUUCUUUCCCAGAAAGCCUGCUGGACGUGGUCAGCUCAGCCCGGGACUGCUUGCAGGCGGGAGAAUCCUGCACCAACGACCCCAGCUGCAGCUCCAAAUUCCGGACCCUCCGGCAAUGCAUCGCCGGCAACGGCGCCAACAAGCUCGGGCCGGAUGCCAAGAGCCAGUGCCGGAACACAGUGACGGCUCUCCUUUCCAGCCAGCUCUACGGCUGCAAGUGCAAAAGAGGGAUGAAGAAGGAGAAACAGUGCCUCAGCGUCUACUGGAGCAUCCACCACACCUUGAUGGAAGGUAUGAAUGUGAUGGAGAGCUCUCCUUAUGAACCUUUCGUGCGAGGGCUUGACUACGUCCGGCUGGCUUCUAUCACCGCAGGUUCCGAGAACGAGGUGACGCAGGUGAACCGCUGCCUGGACGCCGCCAAGGCCUGCAACGUGGAUGAGAUGUGCCAGCGGCUCCGGACGGAAUACGUCUCUUUCUGCAUUCGGCGCAUGCCCCGGUCGGACACCUGCAACCGCUCCAAGUGCCACAAGGCCUUGCGGAAGUUCUUUGACCGCGUGCCCCCUGAAUACACCCACGAGCUCCUCUUCUGCCCCUGCGACGACACGGCCUGCGCUGAGCGGCGCCGGCAGACCAUCGUGCCCACCUGCUCUUACGAAGCCAAGGAAAAGCCCAACUGCUUGGCCCCACUGGAUGCAUGCCGGGGAAACUAUGUUUGCAGAUCCCGAUACGCCGAGUUCCAGUUCAACUGUCAGCCGUCUACGCAGUCCACGACGGGAUGCCGGAGAGAGAACUUUGCAGCCUGCCUCCUGGCCUACACGGGAAUCAUCGGUAGUCCCAUCACCCCAAACUACAUCGAUAACUCCACCUCUAGCAUCGCACCUUGGUGCACCUGCAACACCAGCGGCAACAGGCAGGAAGAGUGCGAGAGCUUCCUACAUCUCUUCACCGAAAACACCUGCCUGCAAAAUGCCAUCCAGGCCUUCGGCAACGGAACACACCUGAGCUCAGCCCCAGGCCCGUCCACCCCGCCGCCGACGCAGCUGCGCAAACAGGAGCGCAACGCCAACAAAGCCGCCGCCACCCUCCGGGAGAACAUCUUUGAACAGCUCCAGCCCACCAAGGCAUCUGCUGAGGAGAAACUUCCGGGAGGUGCUACUCGUCUUGCGUCUGAUUCUUCUAACGCAGUGAUGGCCUCUGCCACAAGCAGCUGGUUGAUGCUACAGUGCUCCGUGUCUAUCGUUCCCUUGCUCCUGGCGUCCAUGUGAACAGGAGCAGUUCCACUCUCAGGAGAGCCAUGACUGGAUCGCUCUUUGUUUCUUUACAACUCGGGGAGAAGAGGUGAAA